AUGAAUCUUGAUUCACAACCUUCAUCUCGGCUCAACGGGAGCACAGAACUCAAGAGAUUCGUGUGCGAUCUUGCUCAACAAUUACCAUGUUUUAAAGCACGUGCUCAGGAUAUUCAAAUCAUCAAGAAACCCAAUGAGUUUUAUCAAACAUUACUGGAUAUGAUUUCUAAAGCAAGACAUCGGAUCUUUAUUGCAAGUUUAUAUAUUGGUAAAGAAGAACAUGAGUUGAUCACCGCUCUACAUCGAUCCUUAAAAUCUACUCCUACUUUACACCUGACGAUCGUGGUGGAUUGUUUAAGAUCUACUCGAGAAGAUCCUCAACCUUCAUCUGGAUCAAUCUUGGCAAGUUUGAAAACUGAGUUUCCUAAUCAAGUCGAAAUUGCUCUCUUUCAUACUUCUGAACUCUUUGGAUGGAGAAAAAGUUGGAUUCCUAGACGGUUUGAUGAAGGAUGGGGAUUACAACAUAUGAAGGUUUAUGGUGUAGAUGAUCAUUUAAUCAUGAGUGGUGCUAACUUGAGUCAUGAUUAUUUCACAAAUCGGAUGGAUCGUUACAUCAAGAUCUCAAAUCAUAGUCUUCUAGCCGAUUACUUUCAUGAGCUAUGCAAAACUACUGCCCAAUUAUCAUACACAAUCGAUCCUAAUUCCACACCUACAAACUUAUCAUUCUCAUGGCCAAAGAAUCAUGAUCUUCAACGACCUGAUCAUUCGAAACUAACAUCUACCAAAUUCAAAACCACUGGUCAUCACAAGUACCAAAGCUUGACUCAAAAAUGGAAAACUUUAACAUCUGAUUCAACAGCUUUUGAUUCGCAAGACUCAAAAGUUUACAUUUUUCCAGUUUUACAAAUCGGACCAUUUGAGAUCCGACAAGAAACUCGGCUGGUGGUACCUGAAUUGAUCCGUUUAGCCAACACGUUAGAAACUUUGACUGAUGGUUGUAAAGUAAGACUAGAUUGGACAAGUGGAUAUUUUAGCAUUUUAAGAGACUAUAAACGAAUGCUUUUAGAAUCCAAUUUGAAUGUUUCAAUAACAUCUGCAUCACCUGAAGCAAAUGGGUUUUAUCAAUCCAAAGGUGUAUCGAAAUAUAUUCCAGAUGCUUAUACUUAUUUAGAAAGCUUGUUUUAUCAAGAUAUCAUUAAAGCUCGUAAACAGGAUCAAAUUCAAAUUCGAGAAUGGAUUAAAGAAGGUUGGACGUAUCAUGCUAAAGGAAUUUGGUUAUCAAGAAUUUGUAAUCCGAAUCCUUCAGCCGAUAUACCUACUGAUUCGACCCAUUUAAACUCAAACCGAUCUAUAUCUAAUGAAUUUGAACCGUUUUUAACAAUGAUCGGAUCAUCAAAUUACGGACGUAGAUCAGCAGAAAGAGAUCUAGAAUGUAAUUUAUUAAUCAUAGAUGAAACAGAAGAAAAGGGAGUUUCAAAUCAAUUGACAGAAGAAUUGACUGGAUUAAGAAAAAAUGCAACAGGUUUGGUUUGUGAGGAUUGGUUUGAAGGGGAUGGUAGACAGGUUGGGUUGGGUGUUAAGCUUGCUACUCGAUUGAUUAGGAAUAUGUUGUGA